AUGUUCGUAAAAUGGCAAUUUCUGGCCCUCGCGGCCGUUCCGAUGAUUCCGGCAUACCCUUCUGGUGCUGCUCAUAAAGAAGAAUUUGAUUGGGACUCGACGAAAUACCUCAUCGCCUUCGGUGACUCGUAUACAUAUGUUCAAGGAACCGAUGGACUACAGAACUAUAGUUUCAUCGGGGAUUUACAGCACUUUGCAUAUGACCCACACACGCUGCUGACUGACAAAAUUGUCCAGAAUCAGACCGCAACCGCAGAAGGCGGACCCAACUGGGUAGAAUACCUAACAGGCUGCGGUCUCGACCAGGGCCUCACCUCGCCCUCCGACUGCGACCUACAACUAUGGGAUUUCGCAUUCGCAGGAUCAGACAUCUCAGUUGAAUACACCCCCCUCCACCACAACUUCACCGUCUCCCUCGUCAACCAAGUCAAACAAUUCACCACCUACGCCCAACCCGUCCUCAAAAACACCAUAGACCCCUCCCACACCCUAAUCGCCAUCUGGAUCGGCAUCAACGACAUCGGCGACAGCUCCAAAUACGACGUCGACUUCCCAACCUUCUACAAUGACCUCAUGAACACCCUCUUCUCCUCCGUCCAAUCCAUCUACUCUCAAGGCUACCGCUCCUACCUCUUCAUGAACCUGCCCCCGCUAGACCGCAGACCCGGAAACCUAGGUAGCGCUGAUCCCAGCCCCAACGCGACACAGAUCACCUGGUACAAUGAUGCGUUGGCGCAGCAUGCCAGUGCAUUUGGUGCUCGCUACCCUGAUACCAAUGUCAUGUUGUUUGAUGCGCAUAGCGAACUCAGCUAUAUUCUGGAUCACCCGGGCGAGUUUGGGAUUGUGAAUAUCACGAACUUUUGUGCUGGUUAUGAUCAGCCGGAUAUUGCCUGGGAUUAUCGAAAGUAUGGAUGUCCGACGCCCUUGGAUACGUAUUUCUGGUUCAAUUCCGGACAUAUGACCAGCCAUGUUCAUGAGAUUUUGGCGGGGAAUGUGGGGAGGUUUUUGUUGUUGGGGGAGUAAGUAGUUGGGGUGAGAUGGGUAAUAAUAGUAUGUAGUUAGU